AUGUCAAUCAGCAUUCCCGAGGAGCCUGCUAAUCCAGGCCCGUUCAAAAUUCAGCAUGGGUACGACGAUAUCCAAGUUCAUACCGAGAAGUACUCAGAUGAGCCUACCCCCCUCUCAGGAAAGCAGGGUAAGGUCAGGGAGUUUCUCAACACGCAAACCAACAAAGAGCAUCAGAAGAAGUACGCCAAGGAGGGUGCCAAGAGGGGUUUCAAUAUGCUUUUUCAAUUCUUGUGUCAUUAA